UGUACGAGCUGUUCUCAAAGAGUGCCGCGAUUGUUGCGGUGCAGGCUGUUAAAUGCGUGAUUUCUUCAAAGUUGUUUCAUCUGUUGCCGCCGGUUGACGCCUUUUAUCUUAGAGUCGCGUGAGACUAUUGUCAUAUUUGAAUCGUAUCAAAAAGCAGCGGGUUGUUACAGGGACAAACAGCUGCGGUCUCACCAGAGGAAUUUGUCCGUUAGCGGCAGCUGAGCCACCUUGCGGUCCUGCUAGCACCGAGGCUAGCUAACGUUAGCAGCAGCUGUUUUUUUAGUGUGAAUCUAACCGACAUCGGCGGGAAUAUGUAUUUAACCAGAGGCUGUCGUUUUUCGAAAUAAGUCGCCGGAGUCAGGGUAAAACACCAGGAGUUGUUAGCUAGCGAACCGAACCACUUAACCUAGCUAGUUAGCUAGCUAACGCUACCGGAUUGUCUUUCACAAAGGGGGCAACGCGUGAACAAGAGACUUGGUCGCCAACAUAACGCUGGCUUUUAAGUGAUUUCGCCUGGGCUAUAGCACGAAGAGCAUUACAACCGUACAGAAUGAAUGGAUUCAGCACAGAGGAAGACAGCCACGAUGGACCGCCUGCUCCGCCGUUUUAUGGACAGAGCUGCUGUCUGAUCGAGGACGGGGAGCGCUGCGGCCGGUCAGCUGGAAACGCCUCCUUCAGCAAGAGGAUCCAGAAGAGCAUAUCGCAGAAGAAACUGAAACUGGACAUUGACAAGAGUGUGCGACACCUCUACAUCUGUGAUUUUCACAAGAACUUCAUCCAGAGCGUCCGCAACAAGAGGAAGAGGAAGACCAGCGAUGACGGAGGGGAAUCCCCAGAUCAUGAUGUGGAGGUGCCCGAGGUCGACCUUUUCCAGCUGCAGGUGAACACGUUGAGACGCUACAAGCGACACUACAAGCUGCAGACCAGACCAGGCCUCAACAAGGCCCAGCUGGCAGAGACGGUGAGUCGUCACUUCAGGAACAUCCCGGUGAACGAGAAGGAGACUCUGACCUACUUUAUUUACAUGGUGAAGAGCAGCAAGAGCCGCUUGGACCAGAAAGGGGACGGCGGCAAACCGCUGGACUAAGCUUCAACAGCAACAACAACAACAACAACUGCAGCAGUAGCCACAGCAGAACCUACAGUGACAAACGGCAACAACAAGCUGGACACCACUAACAACAGCUCCACCCACCAGAACCAGCUCCUCCUGCAGCCCUGCCACCGUCCCACUCCUCCGUCAGACCAGAACCUGAACUCUCGCUGUCCUCAAAGGACGUUUCACAGAAAAACUGGAGGAGGAUCCAGGAAGGGAUGAGUUUGUCUCUGCCCUCCCCCGCCUCCGCUUCACACGAAUACAGUCUGAGCACAUGUCGUCGCGACGGUCGAUCCUCCUCUUUUCGCCCGGGUCCCUAAAAAGACUGUCCAGGACCAGGACUCACUCCGCAGGGUUUUUACGUCGUCAUGCUGUAAUGUAACUUGUCGAUAUGUACAAAAGAAACCGCGUCCGAUCUCAAGUAACCUGGUUGAAUGCAAUGUACGAUAUAGCUGCCUUAAGAGUAAAAAGCAAAACACAUUUUGGUAAAUUUAGUUCUUUUUUUUUUGUUUUUUUUCUUUGCCGAGUUGACUGUUAACACAUCCACCGCCCGUGAGGAAUGCUUGUGCCAAACAGAAGCGUGUAGGAACUGAAUGAUGCUGAGUGGGAUUUUGUUUGUUUUUUUGUUUUUAUUAUUAUUAUUGUGAAUGAAUGAAUUUGUAGGAAAGAGGUGCCACCUUCACUGACGCCACAUCCAGCUGCUGAAGGCGCAAAAUUCACUUAGAAAAACCUUCUUUCUUAAUAAUGUCUAAAAUGAAUGAAUCCUCAAUCUGUACGUCGCCCUUUUCCAGCUGGAUGUGAUGCGUUCAAAGACCGAUUGUAGUGAGUCUUUUCCUUGCGUAUGAACACUGUCAUACUGAUUCAUUUCUCUGUGCAUCGCAGGUGUCGGGAGCUACUUCUUUUUUCUUUUAAACAUACAAGUUUCUUUCCUUCCUCUUUAGUUGAGCCUUAAUUUACAAGUUGUAUAAAGUUAUUUGCUUAUGAUUUUGUUUUUAUUUUUCUUCGUCCUUUUUUUCCCACCUGAAAUCAAACGUGUGUGUGUGCGCGUGCGUGCGUGUGAGUGACAGGAGUGUAAAGAGUAAUUAUAAGCGCCAUUUUAAUAUUUAAGAGCAGUGUUUAUAGUAAAGGUUCAACUCUUGAUUUGAUUCUCAUCAUAGCGUGGAUGUAUUUCAAGAAGCUGGAUUGACAAGUUGUUUUUUUGGGGGGUUUUUUUCCCCGAAUAAUUAAUCAAAUUAAAGCAAGAAUUUGCCGUAAUUUCCAGACGCCUUACUUCCAUGUCUGUGAAGUUGCACAGUUUUAUGCACAUUGAUUAUGUUUGUCGUAAAAAGUCUAACGUGAAUCUAAUUCGGCACCAAAAGUUUGUCAAAACUACUGAUGAUUUAUUUUCUUGAUUUGUAAUCGAUUUGUCAUUGAUUAAUUGGUAAGUUUGUGAGGCUUCGUCUUCACACAGAUUCUCAGUGACGUGGAGGAGAGAAACUUUUUAAAAAAAUUUCAUUAAUAUUGAGCCAAACGACGUGAUGAGAAACUAUCAGUGACCCGUUAACAUGUAACAUGAAGCAUCCAAAAGUUGAUUUAAACUCUCAUUGUACUGCUGACACCUCCAGGUAAAACCCCUCCUCCUCUCUCCAACUCCAACUCUGUUUUUCUUUUUUUCUGUUUUUAAUGGUUGUGACUACAUGGAGUUGUUUUCUUUUUCUUUUUUUUUCUCACCAUCUUCUGUCGCAUCAUAUUUAAGUCUGUCCACCACACUGAGUUUGUCUCCUUUCGACAAGGUUAUCAUUUUAGCGUCUGUUGUAUUUUCAGUUUUGCUUGUAGGUUCGUUAGUGUCAUGUAGAUAACAUCCAACUUUAUUAACACAUAGGCCAUGCCACAUUAACCUAAUUAUUGUAUUAGAAAAGAACAUAUUUAAAUAUGGCUGCUUAUUGCUCCUAAUAAUAAUUAUAAUAAUAAUAAUAAAUGUAUUGUACAGGCAGAAGCAA